AUGUUAGAAAUUAGUAUAGCCGGAAAAGUUGCUCUAUUUAUUGCUGUCCCCUCCACUGUUAUAUUAUUUUAUUGGUUAUUACAUCGUAAUGAAGAAGAUGAUGAAGAAACUACAGCAGAUACAAUAUCUACAUCCAGACAAACUGUUAUUGAAGUACAAGUACCUAGAUCUACUGUAGGCUCCAUCAUUGGACGUCAAGGUGCAAAUAUUAAAAAGUUACAAGAAGAAAGUGGUGCUAGAGUUAAUUUUAAAGACGAAAGCAGUUUAAGUCGUCGUAGUGACGACAGUAGAACUGUUAUUAUUCACGGUACCUCAGCAUCUGCUCAACAAGCAGAAAUAAUGAUUCGUAAAAUAAUAGCUGACAUGCCCGCAAUUCUGACUGAAGAAAUUCAGGUUCCAGCAGUUGCCUUGGGCAGAAUUAUAGGUCGUGGUGGAGAAAAUGUUCGAGAAAUAUCUCGUAUCUCUAAAGCCAAAAUCUACAUAGAAAGAACAGCAGAUGAUUUUAAUAAAUUAGGUACACGUAAAGUGACAAUUACAGCUUCCAAAGAACAGAUUGAUUUAGCCAAGGCUUUAAUUGAUGAGAAAGUUCAAGAAGAAGAAGCAUUCCGAGCAAAGAAAUCUGUAAUGGAAGCUAAUCGUGAACAGCGAGUAUCACAUCGUAAAGACAGAACACCAGAUCAUGACACACAUCACACAUCUGUUGUAGUAAAAGAUGAACAAUGGGACAGCAAGAAAGUGACUGUGGUACCAGAGCAUAAAGAUUAUAUGGAAGUAUACAUGUCAGCUAUAGAACAUCCUGGUCAUUUCUGGAUACAGAUUCUCAGUUCUGAGGCUAUGCAGUUAGAUCGAAUGACUGAGGAAAUGAACAGAUUUUAUGCCACAGAUGAAGCAAAAUCAUCUUAUACUAUGGGAGAAGUAUCUAUAGGUGAUAUGGUUGCUGCUCCAUUUGAACAUGAUAAUGCUUGGUACCGUGCCAAAGUUAUUGGAAUCCAUGACGAUAAAGUGGAUUUAUACUUUGUAGAUUUUGGAGAUAGCGAAUAUACUGAUUAUAUCUAUGUUGUAUAUUUCAGACCUGAUUUUCUGAGUUUAAAAUUCCAGGCAGUGGAGUGUAAAUUAGCAAACGUUAAACCUGCAGGUAUUUGUUGGAGUGAGGCAGCUAUAGAUUUUUUCGAGGAGAUUACAUAUUGUGCCCAAUGGAAAGUUUUAAUAGCUAAAACAUUAAGAUAUGAAUCUACUCCUAGUGGUAUGAUGCCAUGUUUACAGUUAUUUGAUACCAAUGGAGAAGAGGUGAGUCUGUCUUCUUUAAAAUGA